GUCACCUUGACACAAGCGUACUCCUCGACUCCAACUUUUGUUGAGUUUAUUAUUGCUAGACCGUACUACACUUGAAUUUGAAUUGGACGUUAUCAAUAUACAGCUUGAAUUCCUUUAUUUAAACUAAAAUUUUAUUUUAUUUUUCUGAAGAGAUUAGUGUAGGGUCUAAUAAUGAAUGAUCACAAUUUUUUCUACUUUUUCGUCUUUUUUUUUUUUUAACUUUGGUCUCUUCUUUUGUCUUCAUGAUGAUAAGGUUAGUGACCUCACAUCUUUCUACUUUAUCCUGUUAGUGGACCUAGCUAGAAAUGUGAUGGAAAUAGUUAGUAAAAGAAAGAUUACAUAACUUGUGGCAAUUAAUUUGUCCAUUUUCAUACUGAGAGUGAGAGAUUCCUAUUUUUUGGAUAUAUGGCUUAUGCUGCUGUUACUUCCCUUAUGAGAACCAUACACCAAUCAAUGGAACUUAAUGGAUGUGAUUUGCAACCGUUUUAUGAAAAGCUCGAAUCUUUGAGAGCUAUUCUAGAGAAAUCCUGCAAUAUAACGGGCGAUCAUGAGGGGUUAACAACCUUGGAAGUUGAAAUCACGGAGGUAGCAUUCAAAGCAGAAGACAUGGUUGAUUCGAAAUCAAGAAAAGUUUCUUCUGCAGAAACUGUAAUUACACGAAGCAAAGCUUUCUGGGAACUCUGUUGUUCCUUGGAACAAGAGGUAGAAUGUAUUGAUUCCUUCAUGAUGCAGUGGUUGGCAAUAUGGGACUGGUACAACAACAUUAAAGAUUUCAAAGCACAAAAUUUCUGUCUAUCCAAGAUACCUGAACUUGCUGUUGAGCGGUCCGAGGUUAUAAUGGUUGGCUAUGAAAAUGAAUUCAAGAUGAUGCUGGAUCAACUUGCUAGAGGAGAAAGAGAACUAGAAGUUGUAUCAAUUGUAGGUAUGGGAGGCAUUGGCAAGACAACUUUGGCAACAAAACUCUACAACGAUCCAUGCAUGAUGUAUCGCUUUGACAUACGUGCAAAAGCUACUGUUUCACAAGAGUAUUGUGUGAGAAAUGUUUUCCUAGACCUUCUUUCUUGUAUAAGUGAUAAACCUUAUGAUCAGCUACAUGACGGGCAACUAGCAGAUCGACUGCAAAAGCUUCUAAAAGGCAAGAGAUAUUUGGUAGUCAUUGAUGACAUAUGGACUACAAAAGCUUGGGAUGAUAUACAAAUAUGUUUCCCAGACUUUCAUAAUGGAAGCCGAAUACUCUUGACUACUCGGAAUGUGGAAGUGGCUGAAUAUGCUAGCUCAGGUAAGCUUCCUCAUCACAUGCGCCUCAUGAAUUUUGACGAAAGUUGGAAUUUAUUAUAUGAAAAAGUCUUUACGAAAGACUCUUUCUCCCCUGAAUAUGAACAACUUGGAAAGCAAAUUGCAUUGAAAUGCGGAGGAUUGCCUCUAGCAAUUGUUGUGAUCGCGGGACUUCUCACUAAAAUUGACAAAGCAUUGAGUGAGUGGCAAAGUGUUGCUGAAAAUGUAAGUUCAGCAGUAAGCACAGAUGUUGGUGUCCAAUGCAUGAGGGUGUUGGCAAUGAGUUACCAUUACUUGCCUCACCACCUAAAACCAUGCUUUUUAUAUUUCGCAAUCUUCCCAGAGGAUAAACUGAUUUUUGUCAAUAAACUUAUGAUAUUGUGGGAAACAGAGGGAUUUUUGAAGGUAGAAGAGAUGAAAAGCAUAGAAGAAGUGGCAGAAAAGUACCUACAAGAUCUUAUUGAUAGAAGUUUAAUUUCCAUUAAAAGUACUACUUUUGAUGGAAAAAUUAAGUGUUGUGGAAUUCAUGAUAUGACUCGUGAACUCUGUUUGAUGGAAGCUCGUAACAUGAAUUUUGUGAAUGUUCUCAGAAGAAAGAAUGAUCAAAAUUCAUAUGUGAAAUCCAUGCAGUGUUUGUCUAAGAGUCGAAGUCGAAUCAGCAUCCAUAAUAAGAAAGAGUAUGUUAGGUGCCUUAACAGUGAAGCUCAUUCUGUUAUCUUAUUUGGUAGAUUCCGAUGUUGCAUGAGGGAGUACUUGCCGUUCAAGCUAGUAAGAGUUCUAGAUCUUGCUGAUAAUAUCUGUCUAACUUUUCCCCGUGAAAUACUUUAUUUGAUUCACUUAAGACACCUAGCUUUGCGUAUUUAUCCUAACGUUGAGCAAUAUCUAGGAUCCGAAGAAGAUGUUCUCUCAUCAAGAGUAGACAUUCCUACAUCCAUAUCAAACCUAUGCUAUCUGCAAAGUUUGGUACUUUACCUUCCACUCGUCAUUAAUCUUCGUAAACAUGCUUUGAUAUUACCAUCAGAUAUUUUGACAAUGCCACAGUUGAGGCACCUUCAUUUGGAUCGGAAUUACUUGCGAUAUCAUGAGCUUACAGAGAAAAGUUUGGUUAUGAAAAAUUUACAUUCUCUGUUUGGAUGGAAUCCUAGCUAUUGUACUGCAUCUUUCUUUAGACUAUUUCCCAAUUUAAAGGAGUUGCAAGUACGUGGCAUCCCACAAGACUUCCAUAGUCACAAAGACCUCUAUGAUUUUCGCUACUUAGAUCAUCUCGAGGAACUAGCAUUUUGUCUUCCUCCUCAAAAUAAUGCUUACUUUUUGGAGAGGAGAAUGUGUUUUCAGACAAGGAAUCCACUUGUUGUAGAAGUUGUUCCAUCUUUGAUCUUACCUCCUCCAGAUGCUUUUCCACGAAACCUUAAGAAUUUAACUUUUACAGGAAAUUUCUUCUUGUCAUGGAAGGAUUUAAGCAUUGUUGUCGGAAAAUUGCCCAAACUUGAACUUCUUGAACUAACACAGGGUGUAUGCAGAGGCAGGGAGUGGGAAGUAGCUGAGGAAGGGUUUCCUUUUUUGAAGUUCUUGUUACUUAAAAGAUCACAUAUUCAGUACUGGAGAGCUAGUUGUGAUCACUUUCCGUGCCUUGAACGACUAUUUCUUGAUAGUUGCAGGUUUUUGGACUCAAUCCCUCAAGAUUUUGCAGAUAUAACCACACUUGCUCUAAUCUAUAUAAGAAACUGCCCAGAAUCUGUUGGGAAUUCCGCAAAGCAGAUUCAACAGGACAUUCAAGACAACUAUGGAGGUUCUAUCGAGGUCCAUAUCCAUCAGGCUUUUGAGGAAACAAGUGACGAUGACGAUCAUGAUGAUGAUGAUGAU